AUGUCUGACAACGAGAACGGCGAGAACGGCGACGAGCUCGUAACCAAGCCCUUCAAGUUUGUCACUGGCUUCGAUGCCCGCUUCCCCAACCAGAACCAGACCAAGCACUGCUGGCAAAACUACGUCGACUACCACAAGUGCAUCAUCGCCAAGGGCGAGGACUUUGCUCCCUGCCGCCAGUUCAUGUUGGCCUACAAGUCCCUGUGCCCCAGUGGCUGGACAUCGCGAUGGGACGACCAGCGUGAGGCUGGCAACUUCCCCGUAAAGCUCGACCAGUAG